AUGAAGAUUUACAUUUUUUAGAUGUUUCAUGGAGUUUUCAAUGAUGGGUUUCACCCUGUUUUCCUCCACAGACUUGACAAGUGGGGCAGACCUCCCUCCACAGCCCAACUGUCAAGACAUCAGAAAUAUUCGCUGCGAUAUUCUCAACAACCCAGUGUGUGGCAAUGAUGGCCGUACCUACGGCAACAUCUGCACAUUCUGUAGUUUGAAACGACUUUCAUUUACUCCGCUGUACGUUGCAAGAAAUGGAGCUUGUUGAAUCCAUGAUGGAACCCCUGGGUCUUUGUUGAUCUUCACUUUACUGUGCACUUCACAAGCCCCCUUUGCCCCUCUGCUGACCCCUGCAUCCUUUUAAAUCUGAAAUAAACUUAU